AACAACAUGUGCCUAGCAAAUUGAAGUGUAGAAGUAAAAAAAAUUAAAAAUUGAAAAUUUUAAAGCGUUUUAGAUUGUUUUUGCCUCCUGUCAGUAACAACAAUAAAUAUAAGCAUUUCCGUUUCAACGACAAAACGAACGCGUUCUUUACGCAACCAAAGCACAAACGCAACAGCAAAUACCGUCGACAACUGCAAGCAGUAACAAAGCAACAACAACUACACAGGCCCAAUCAUGGCGAAUAUGGCUGUAUCACGUAUCAAGCGCGAAUUUAAAGAAGUAAUGCGCAGUGAAGAGAUCGUGCAGUGCUCGAUUAAGAUUGAACUUAUCAAUGACAGCUGGACAGAGUUGCGUGGUGAGAUAGCUGGCCCACCAGACACACCUUACGAAGGCGGCAAAUUUGUGCUUGAGAUCAAAGUUCCCGAGACAUAUCCAUUCAAUCCCCCAAAAGUGCGUUUCAUGACACGCAUUUGGCAUCCCAAUAUUUCAUCAGUGACUGGCGCCAUUUGCCUGGAUAUAUUGAAGGAUAACUGGGCCGCUGCCAUGACCUUGCGUACUGUGUUAUUAUCGCUACAGGCAUUGUUGGCCGCCGCCGAGCCAGAUGAUCCGCAGGACGCUGUUGUCGCCUAUCAGUUCAAGGACAAGCAUGACCUGUUUUUGCUCACUGCCCGGCAUUGGACAAAUGCCUAUGCUGGUGGCCCGCACACGUUUCCGGAUUGUGAUUCCAAAAUUCAGCGUCUCAAAGAUAUGGGAAUCGACGAGCAUGAUGCGCGCGCUGUUCUAUCCAAAGAGAAUUGGAAUCUGGAAAAGGCGACUGAAUGCUUAUUCAGUUAGCUUCAGUCAGCAGUAAAGAACAUGGAGUAGAUAAAGUAGUAGCAGCAGCAGCAGUCGCAACAACAACAACAACAGUAAAUUCAAUAACUCAAUUCAAAAUUUUAGUGCUGCUAUAAGCAGCUGCUACCCCCAACAGGCAGGCACCACAAUCACAAGUAUCCACUUAUUUGUCAUAUUAUUUCUUUUGCAAUUAGAGUAAUCAUUUAUUUGCACAACAGCAUUUGUUUAAAUUUCUCUUU